AUGAUUCACAAGUACACAAUAUACAUUAGAUUAACAUAAAAUACUGAAUUUUAUUCAUAUUUAUAAAUAAAAAAUUUUCUAGUUGCAAUUGGAGAUUUUUAUAUUAAUAAAAAAUUAUUGAAUUUUUAAUUUCCUUAAAUCAAAAUAGAUUAGCAGUAGUAAGUACAUUUAAUGCUAAUCUCGAAUAAAAUAGAAAAUAAAAAACUAUCUUAAUUUAAAAUCAUUAGAUAAAAUUUAUCAAUGAAUUUUAUUUAUUUAUUAGUUUAUUUUAUUAUCAGUGUUUAUUUUUGGAAAUAUUUAUUUAUUUAUUUUCAUAAGCAUAUUAAAACAAAUUUAAGGAAUAAGAGUUCUGAUAAGAAAUAAGAAAGAAUUAGAAAAACAAUUCUAAAAAAAAGAUGA